AUGAUCAACAUUCUAGGCAAAGAACUACAAAAAGAGCAAGAACAACAACUAAAAUAUGUAGUUCUAAUCCUCAUCAUUGGAGUUGCUCGAAAAAAAGACAGUUUUGAAAAUGUUCUUAGGCGAUUAGGAGGAGCAGAAAAUAUUAAUACUUUUGAUGUAGCUUCUGAUUAUAAUAUUCAUUUUCCUCCUUAUCUUUGGAAUAAACUAAGCAACGAACAACAAAAAUUAGCCAAAAGCAAAGUAGUUUCUAAUCCAGUUCGAGGCAAACAAGACCCUACUACUGAAAAAGAUAAUAACGCUCUCCUUUAUGGUGCAGGAGGAACCGGAAAAACUUCUAUUGUUAGAAAAUUAACUUACAAUGCUAAUCGUUAUCCCUUAAUUGAAAUAAAAGGACCUUCGUUGACUCCUCGUAAAGAAGAUUACUCUAAUGGGAUUGACCCCUUAAAUAAAUUUGUCUUUACCCUUUGCGACAUAGAAAACACCUUAGAAGAUGACUAUGGCUUCAGACGAGAAACUAAUGGCGAAAUUCGUUAUAUUCUCUUUGUGGAUGAAGCCGAUAAUGUUUGUUCUAAUACUGCCCUCCCUACUGAAUACACUAGACUAAUCUUUUUAAAGUCCUGCAUGGAAGGAAUUAGUAAAGAAUCGCAGAGUCAAAAUCUUUGGUUUAUAACUAAUUCUGACACGAGAAAACAAUUAAACGAAGAAAAGGUAGUAGAUGAUAAAGGUGAAGAAAAGAUAACUAAAAAAGGUAUUCAAGUUGGUGAAAUGCUGGAAUUCUUUUGGAGAUUAUUUGACAGUAAGCAGUUGGCUAACUUCACUGGUAAAUUUGAAAAUCCAAGAAAACCAACCACUGAAGAGAUUAUUCCAACCAUUACCGAAGCAAUUGAUAUUCGUUUAAUCGGAGAUAUUGUCGGAGUUGCCUUUGCAGUUCCUACUUUUGGAGCAAGUAUGGUUUUAAGUCCUACUGCUCGAGGACUAGUUGGAAAUGUCCUUGGUGGUGGUGGAAGUGAUGAUGAUAAUAGUGAACGAAGAAAGGAUUUAGAAAAUCUAAGGAAAGAUAAGGAUGAAACUGCACAAAAAAUAAAAACCAAUGAUGAAGAAAUGGAUAGAUUAAGAGCAAUUAUUAAUGACCCAAAUAAAAGCGAUGAUGAAAAAAAUAACGCAAGGAGAAAGUUAAUCAUACUAGAAGGUGAAAAUGAAAGUUUAAAAAGCAGAUUGCAAGACUUAGAGAAAAAGAUGAAAGAUUUAGAAGCAGAAAAACCACCCACACCUACUACUCCAACUACUCCUUGA